GAAAGGCCGCCAGCCGUGCCGCGCCUUUCUGGGUCCUCACGGCCUCCAUCCGCCUCCGGGGGAGCCGCGCCCCCUCCGAACGCCGCCUCGGGCCCUGAGCGCGCUCUUUGCUGGAAGCCCGCUGCAAACGGGUGGUUCCUCGCGCUCGCCGCUUCCCCCCUCCCGAGCCUCCGCUGUGCCCUCGCCUGCCUCGCGGGCCUGUCGGGGUCCGGUGGAGAGCCGGCCCGUCCCGCGAAGGAGGCGUCACCGCCGAGCGCCGCGGCCGCCACACGGGCAGCGCGCCUCGCCAGCGUGGUCCUCGCGGGGCCGGGCACCGGCACUGCAUGCGGGCAGGGGCGGGGGGGACGUGGAGACCGGGACGCGCGGUGGAGGAGGCCGCGACGCGGCGUGACGGCGGCGGGCGAGCCGCCGGAGUUCCGAGCAGCGGAUGGCCCUCACGCCUGGCCUCCGCGCUCCUCUCCUGCCGGCACGCGCCCCCUCGGAGGUCUCUGCGGAGCGGGCCGCAGCCCCUUCAGCCUGCUGCGGGAUCUCGUCUCAUCGCGGAGGACUCCCCUGGCCACCGGCGUCAGACAGCACUCUCCCAGUCUGCGUGGUCCUUCCGCACAGCAUGUUCUUCGCUCCCGUGAAGUGCGCGCUGCUCUGUGUCGCGUCUGUCCCCCGCAGCUGGAGUCAACAAACCACCAACACUGUAGAAGAGCCCCUGGAUCUCAUCAGGCUCAGCCUGGAUGAACGAAUCUAUGUGAAAAUGAGAAACGACAGAGAGCUUCGAGGCAGGUUACAUGCUUAUGAUCAACAUUUAAAUAUGAUAUUGGGAGAUGUGGAAGAAACUGUGACAACUAUAGAAAUUGAUGAAGAAACAUAUGAAGAGAUAUAUAAAUCAACAAAACGGAAUAUUCCGAUGCUCUUUGUCCGGGGAGACGGUGUUGUGCUAGUUGCCCCGCCCUUGAGAGUUGGCUGAAACAAAGAAUUUAUCCUGUGUGGAAAAUAGAUUUUGUAUGAUUGCCUCUUUAAAUGUAGAAGAUAUUCAAAAGAGAAACCGGCGUACAUUUUGAUACUAAGAAAUAACCAAGAUUUCUUGCACACCUGAAAUAAGUUGAUUUGCAGAUAACUCACAAAUUCUUAAGCUAAAUGGCAUUUUUAUUUUUCUCCAACCCUUCCAAUAAAUGUGAUCACCAAGAUGCAGAACUUUUUCAGGAGUUGAUUUGCUCCAUUGUUUUUUUCGGACAAUUUCUGGGUUUCUUUUUUUACAUUAAAUUUGAUGUUUCCUUUUUUGAUUUU